CAGAAGUACUCAAAAAUAGAAAUACGUGUCACAACCGAGCCGGAAAUCACCCCUGGAAAUCACCUAAAAAGCCAUAAAGGUGAAAGACAAGGGACCCAGACUUUGCAAGAGUUGACACAUAAAUCUGAGGGGCCUCGGUCGAGGCGGCACAUUGGUCGCCUGCUCUCAGAUCCACUGGUUGUGCAGCACUCCGGUCAUCGGCAGCAGGUGAAGGACUCGUCCACAGGCAGAUCUGCCCACACCGGAUACUGUCGUUUCUUCUCGUAGCCGCGUGGAUCUUGACGAAAGAGUUUUGCUGUUCUUUCCCUGACUGGCAGGAGCAGCCACAUUUAGCUGUGAUGAGAUUGAAUUUCACAACCCUAGAAUAGUUUGGGGCAGACCGGUGGGAGAGUGGUGACUUCAUCCGCCCAACAACAUGGACCAGGAGGAUGACAAAAACUCCGUUGAUAUCCAUGACAACCCUCCGGCUCCUGAAAAUGUCGUGAGAGAGGAAGGAGACACUGUCUAUUUCAUAUAUGACGAGGAGGUAGAGGUGGAGGAGAAGGAACCAGAACCUCCUCCACCUGUUGUCCGAAUCAACGACAAACCCCACAAGUUCAAGGACCACUAUUGCAAAAAACCCAAGUUCUGUGACGUCUGCGCUCGCAUGAUAGUCUUGAACAACAAGUUUGCUCUGAGGUGCAAAAACUGCAAGACCAACAUCCACCACUCAUGUCAGUCCUAUGUUGAAUUCCAGAAGUGCUUUGGCAAAAUUCCACCUGGCUUCAGGAGGGCCUACAGCUCCCCGCUGUACACCAGUGACAUACCAGAUCCAAACAACCCGAACCGGAACGACCCCGUCUUUGACACCCUGCGGGUCGGCGUCAUUAUGGCAAAUAAGGAGCGCAAAAAGAAUGAGAAUGACAAGAAAAAUAUGAUGAUGAUGAUGGAGGAAGAAGAAGAAGAGAAUAACCAACAGCCCAAAGAAAAUGAGGAGGGGGGAGAAGGGAAGCCUGAUGAUAAGAAGGAGAAAGGAGGAGACAAAGCAGAUGAAAAGAGCAAGGGUACAUUCUCCCAGAGCCACUACUACCUGGCUCUCUACCGCUUCAAGGCCAUAGAGAAAGACGACCUCGACUUCCACCCGGGUGAUCGGAUCACAGUACUGGACGACUCCAAUGAAGAGUGGUGGAGGGGAAAGAUGGGGGAGAAGUCAGGCUACUUCCCCACAAACUACCUCAUAAAAGUGCGUGCAUCGGAAAGAGUUUUCAAGGUGACACGUUCCUUUGUAGGAAACAGAGAAAUGGGACAAAUCACACUGAAAAAAGAUCAGAUUGUUGUGAAGAAAGGAGACGAGAAGGGCGGCUACCUGAAGGUCAGCACUGGACGCAAGCUGGGCUACUUCCCUGCUAAUCUGCUGGAGGAGAUCACUGUGACAUGAAGACACAACGUGCACUGAAGGAACCCGAAACACACAUCAGCGCAUUCGGAUCUCUCGGCCAUUUUAUAUAUUCGUUACCUUAAGACGCAUCAACAGUUGAUCUGUAAAAGCAGAAAUGUAUUUUGCUGUGAUAUUUUUGGGACUUUAAGCCGGAGAAACGAUUAAUGCGUACAUUAGUAAGCUGAAAGAGACAAUCGGAUGAUAUAAUGGCUGCGAUUGGAUGAGCAUGGGAAUGAAAAUGCUUGGAUGAUUUUAGUUACCAUCCGAUCAAACAUUAGUAUCAGAGAGAAGUAGAGGUAGCCUGAAGGUAGAACAUUAAUAUUAUAGAUUGAACAAACGCACCAAUAUAUUUUUUAAUCAAUUUGACUAUUCUUUGAAUGAGAGGAUUUGAGAGUGAGAUUUCCUGUUACUCCUUGCAGCAUAUUGGUUAAAUUGGGCUAUAAAUAAAUCACUAAGUGCCUUUCAUGGACUUUUAAUGUUAAA